AGAGCCGGAAGCGGGAGGGGAGAGUGAAACAGGAAAAGAAGGGAAGAAGGCAGAAGAGGGAAGAGGAGGAGAGGGAGGAGGAGGAGGGAGGUGGCGGCGCCGUGGCGGAGGAGCAGGAGCAGGAGGGGGAUGGAGAGGAGAAGGCUCCUGGGUGGCAUGGCGCUCCUGCUCCUCCAGGCGCUGCCCAGCCCCCUGUCAGCCAGGGCUGAACCCCCGCAGGAUAAGGAAACCUGUGUGGGUACCAACAAUCAAAGCUACAUUUGUGACACAGGACACUGCUGUGGACAGUCUCAGUGCUGCAACUACUACUAUGAACUCUGGUGGUUCUGGCUGGUGUGGACCAUCAUCAUCAUCCUGAGCUGCUGCUGUGUGUGCCACCACCGCCGAGCCAAGCAUCGCCUUCAGGCCCAGCAGCGGCAGCAUGAAAUCAACCUGAUAGCCUACCGAGAAGCCCACAAUUACUCAGCGCUGCCAUUUUAUUUCAGGUUUUUGCCAAACUAUUUACUACCUCCUUAUGAGGAAGUGGUGAACCGACCUCCGACUCCUCCCCCACCGUACAGUGCCUUCCAGCUACAGCAGCAGCUGCCUGCACAGUGUGGCCCCCCAGGCGGCAGCCCCCCAGGCGCCGGUCCCACUAGGGGCCCCCAGGGGGCGCAGAGCAGCCCCUUGUCCGGGCCCAGCAGAAGCAGCACGCGACCCCCGAGCAUCUCCGACCCUGAGCCCCCCGAUGUGCCCGCCAGCCCAGCAGCCACCAAAGCCCCUGGAAUGGAGCCCAGUGGCUCUGUGGCCGGCCUGGGGGAGCUGGCCCCUGGGGCCUUCCUGGACAAAGAUUCCGACUGUAAGGAGGAGCUGCUGAGAGAUUACGGCUCCGAGCAGGGCAGCGCCCUCCCCGAUAGCAAAGACAAGACACCUGGCAGACAUCGCCGCUUCACAGGUGACUCGGGCAUUGAGGUGUGUGUGUGCAACCGGGGCCACCAUGACGAUGACCUCAAAGAAUUCAACACGCUCAUUGACGACGCUCUGGAUGGGCCCCUGGACUUCUGUGACAGCUGCCAUGUGCGGCCCCCCGGUGACGAGGAGGAAGGCCUCUGCCAGCCCUCCGAGGAGCGGGCCCGAGAGUCCGGGCACCCGCCCCUGCCACGGCCCCCCGCGUGCCUGCUGCUGAACACCAUCAAUGAGCAGGACUCCCCGAACUCGCAGAGCGGCAGCUCCCCCAGCUAGAGCGGGCCCGGCCUGCGCCUCAGAACUUGGCAAAGCAACCAGGGAAGGGGAGCACCAUGAGAGAAGCAUUAAGUGACUUUCAGAGGAAGCGGUAUAGCCGCUUCAUUCUUCGCCCCCUCCCCGCCGGCCUGCAUUUUCCUGCAUCUCCAGGUACAGCUUGGGGAGUGGAGGCCUCUCCGCCCACGGGAGCACAGUGUCGUGGAGGGCCGGCACGGUGGCUCGUUCUGUGACUCAUUCCUCAUCCCGGCCCUGUCCCCUUCUUUUCUUUUCAAGUCAUAUCUCGCUGCCUGCUCGGGUCAGAGAGAUGUGUGUUUCAAAAGCCCCCAAGGAGGGGGCUGAGACUGUGCCCUGAGGUGACCCUU